CCGGACGGGAGCGCCGGGAGCCGCGGCCGCCGCUGCUCGUCUCCCACGGGGCCGCUGCUCCGCCCAGGGGCGGGCUCCGCGCUCUCCCGCCUUCGACGGGCCGCCGCCAUGGAGGAGCAGAAAGAGAGCCGCCCGCCGGCCGCCCGGGACGAGGCGGCGGCUGCUCCCGCAGCCCGCCCGCCGGGUAGACAGCAUUGUAGGAUCAGUGACCAAGAAACUAAUGGCAAAACCUCAGCUGCCAGUUCAAACGACUUCAGUGAUCCCAUUUACAAAGAAAUUGCUAUAACCAAUGGUUGUAUCAACAGAAUGACCAGAGAAGAGCUCAGAAGUAAACUUGCAGAGUUCAAGCUGGAAACCAGAGGGGUGAAAGAUGUACUGAAAAAGAGAUUGAAAAACUAUUAUAAGAAACAGAAGCUGAUGCAGAAGGAACACAUUAGUGGAGACAGCUGCUAUGACUACAUCUGUGUCGUUGAUUUUGAAGCAACUUGUGAAGAAGGAAAUCCGCCUGAAUUUGUACAUGAAAUAAUUGAAUUUCCUGUUGUCUUAGUAAACACACGUACCCUGGAAAUAGAGGAUACCUUUCAGCAAUAUGUGAAGCCAGAGAUUAAUCCCAAGCUUUCAGACUUCUGCAUCAGUCUGACAGGAAUAACUCAGGACAUUGUUGAUAAAGCUGAUAUUUUUCCUCAAGUUCUGCAGAAUGUCAUAGAGUGGAUGAGACAACGAGAACUGGGAACAAAGUACACCUAUUCCAUGUUGACUGAUGGAUCUUGGGAUAUGAGUAAAUUUUUGAACAUCCAGUGCCGUAUUAGCCGUAUCAAAUACCCUUCUUUUGCCAAAAAGUGGAUCAAUAUUCGCAAAUCAUAUGGGAACUUCUAUAAGGUUCCUAGGAACCAGACCAAGCUGACAAUCAUGCUUGAAAAUCUGGGCAUGAAUUAUGAUGGGAGACCUCACAGUGGACUUGAUGACUCUAAAAACAUUGCAAGGAUAGCUAUAAGGAUGCUGCAGGAUGGCUGUGACCUACGGGUGAAUGAGAGAAUUCACGGUGGACAGCUGAUGACAGUCUCCUCCUCAGCCCCCUUAGAGGGAGCCCCUGCUCCACAGAUGCCCCGCUACAGAAACUAGCAGUUCAGGGCUCUGCCCCGGGGGCUGCCCUCAGAUACCCGCUAAAGACUCCAGAGCUUAUUAAAGCCACCUCUGCCAGCUUGUCUGCCAUGCAGAAUCCUAAAGCACCUUAACUAAUAUCUCUGUUGAAAUAAAGAGGAGCAUGGAAGCUGUUUGUUCUUAGAAGCAUAUUACAGCAAUUUCUUUUUGUACUGAUGACUUCUGUUGUUGUUUCCAACUUUGCCAGCAGUGAGGUUGAUAUCUGGAAUCCAGACAAAGUGUUAAGCUUUUAAGAACAUGUAAUUUGAACACCUGCUAAGAGGGAUUGGGCCUGUGCUGCUGUACCACCCCAGCCUGUGGGCAGUAUUUGUUCACUGUGAUGUACUCCAAUGAUAUCUAGCAUCUGCUUAUUCAUUGCACACAAAUAAGCCAUUCCUGGAAGGACUGAAAGAGCAGUGGUUGGGCUGGCCCUUCCUGAUAAGGCACUCUGCUAAGGGUUCCUACCAAUUUUUUUUUUGUUUUUUACAAAGCCUAGAAGAAAUGGGUGUGCAUUCAUCAGUUCUAAAGCAGUAGAGGAGUACUCUGCUGUUUGGGGUUCUUCUUUAAGGUAUAUGUUUGUCUGCUUCCCUAUCAAAUGGAAGAGCUGGGUGUUGAAUAAAAAUUUCAUUAAUAUAGUAUGAUGGUAUUUUUCUAACCUGUGUUUCAAAAAAAAAAAGGUUCUUUAGAUUUUGACUUUAAAGAUCCCAUCUCCUAUUCCUGCAAAGCUGCCCUUCAUUUAAUGUUGUUUUUAGACACCAGCAGCCAUUUGCUCUUAAAAAUGAGUGAAGUAAAAGUAAGUUCAAAACAUGCCAAGUUGUCAAAAUUUCAUGCUCUGUGAUUACUACAUAAAAAAAAAAAAAAAAAAAAAACCAAGAAGCUUCUCAUUCAUGGCUAAAGACGUGUUCAGCUGUUUUUGGUAUCUCCUUGUUCUUCUGCCAUCGUGAAGCUAUGCCUUUAUUACAAAAUCUAGCAUUGGAAGAUUAAUAUAAUUUUAUUAUUAAAGGCCACAGUUAAUUACUAGCAACUUCUGCUUACUCCCCAGGCCUCAGAUAAGAUGAUAUUCAAAAGAGGCCAAAGUACUCAUUUGCUUUGUCUCCAUGGGCUGUUACAAAGUGCACCAUUAAUGUGAUCAACUUUGCAUUAGAAUGGUUCUGAAAAGUGGAAUAAUAUAUUUUGGUUGCUCUUGGUUUGAAGAAAAAAAAAAAUUGCUGUCCCUGCAUUACAAUUCACUAUUUACCACCUGCAUUCAGGACACAAAAUAACCAAUUAAUAAACUUUGUUAAGACCA